AUGUCAGAGAUUACGGGCCCCGCAGCAGCUGCUCUGGCAUCGCUAUCCCCUGACAACGUAGUUUUCCUUCAGUCACUCCCUAAGGCAGAACUUCAUGCUCAUCUUAACGGAUCUAUACCUAUCAAAACCAUACUGGAACUUGCACAGCAAUAUUCGUCUUCUGGUGCACAUACAGCUGAUGUCGCAGAUGCUGUCGAGAAACUCGGGUCUGGAGCUGACUUUAAUGAAAUAUCUGACUUUUUCUUUCUGAUGUCUGUUAUCUAUGCUCUGACAUCAACUCCGGAGGCAGUCGCGACCGUUACUCGUGCAGUCCUCCAAUCAUUCCUGAACUCCACAGGCGAUGGCGCGGAAAGCCCUCAGUGCACGUAUCUUGAACUACGGACUACACCUCGCAUGACGACACACAUGACGCGUGAGAGGUACCUCACAAUUGUGCUUGAUGAAAUAGAGAAAUAUCCUGCUACUCAGGCCGCCCUGAUCGUGUCCGUCGAUCGUCGCAUGAGUGACUUGGACGUCGCAGAAUGCGUUAGUCUCGCCAUCGAGAUGAAGAACAGGGGCAGAAGAGUUGUAGGUAUUGAUGUAUGUGGGGAUCCACGCAAGGGCAACAUGCAAUAUUUCACUCAGCACCUAUCAAGAGCUAAGGGCGCCGGUCUUGGGUUGACCGUGCACAUCGCGGAGCUCACGGAGAAUACAACUGAGGAUUCUCUGGCACUCCUCAGUUGUCGUCCGGAUCGACUCGGACACGCGACAUUCCUUUCAGAUGAGCUCAAGGCUUUGUUCUUUGCGGACAACCCGCGGCCUGGGACAGAAUCCAGCUCAUUGUCUGAAUGUGCACCGGGCACAAUAGACCCUCACACACCAGCCGAACUCAGAGAUCUUACUCACCCUCUCGACCCCAGAUUUCAAAAUAUCGAAGAGGGUUAUUUUCUGCGCUUCAUUUCAGAUAGCGCUGAGUCCGAGGGAGCGAAACUGCAGAUGUCCUUCUGGGCCGAUGCAGAGAAAUUUUCUGAGCGAGCUGCGAUCAAGGAUAUUGAAGAGACGACUAAACAAGCAGAGUCGCCCAAUAACGCUCGCGCGAACGGACAGUACAAGCCAUGCAUCGAGAUAUGUCUGAGCUCCAAUUUGUUAGGCAAAUCUGUCGCAUCCCUCGACGCGCAUCACAUCCACUAUUAUCUGAAGAACGACCAUCCUAUUGUCAUCUGUACCGACGACACACUCCCUUUCAGAACGUCAUGCCUUGGAGAGUACUCUUUGCUUUUAGCGCAGCCUCCGCUAGGUCUUGGCUUGAGCAGAGAUGAUGUAGCUAGAAUCGCGCGGAUGGGCAUGGAUGCUGCAUUCUUGAGACCUCGUGAUUGA